AAGAUGACGAAGAUCUCGACUUCUACAUGUUUCUUUUUGAGGAGUUGUUGAGAGGAAGAGCGAACCGAUAUGCCCAUACUCAUUAUCACCAUAGCCACCCCCACAGCCACCCCGGUGUCCAUCCAAAUGCUCCGAUGGAGGAACCCUAUGACCCGGAUAAGCCUCGAAAGGAUCGUGAGGCGCGUGAAGCCGCAGAAGCUCGCAGACAAAGGGACGCUGCAGCGAGAAGGGCAGCAGCUGAGAGGGAACGUAUUCAAGAGAAGGAGGAGGCUGAACGCAGGCAGAAAGCGAAGGCGGAAGAGAAGAAAAGCAAGGCUGCUGCAAAGCAAGAAGCCGCAGAAAAAGCCGCACGAGCUCGUCAACAACGCACGCAAGACUUGCGCUCAGCGGUUUUCGCCGCAGCUCGGAGUAGAAAUGCCGAGAAGGUGAGGAAAGGUGUGUGGGAGGAUGAAGUGGACGCUGCAGGAGGUGAAGUAAGAGUCGGCCUGGAGAACUUCGCCAAAACGAAGCCGAAGGAUCCUAAGGAGACUUUGCUGCACAUUGCGGCUUAUAACGGCGACGUCGAUCUCGUGGAGUGGCUUGAUACACAUAACGCCGAAGCAGAUGGGCGAAACUCAAACGAGAUGACCGCCUUUCACGUUGCUCUUCAGAGGGGCCAUAUCCCAAUCGUGAAAUACUUCUUCGAGACCUAUCCCGUGAACGAUUCAGAUUCGGACCCUGUUUACGAGCCACCACCCAAUCGACCGCUACUCCUUCUCGCGAUGGAGUCCGCCGAGCCUGAGGCUGUCUGGCUCAUCCUUGACAAGAAGCUCGCUUCGCGCAAAGAGAUCAAAGCAUCCUGGGAGUGGCUUUGGUCGACGACUGGUCAGCGCUUGUAUACAUCUUCGAAGAAGACGGGGAAGUUGGAUGAGGUCAAGAAUAUCUUGAUGAAAUACGGCGGGUUCACCGCACCACCCACUCCUCCUCCCUCUUCUGCUUCAGACCAUGCUCCAGAAGCGGCAUUGGACUCAAGGUCUACUGCUAGUGUCCCUUCUACGCAGCCUGAAGAACCUCAACCUCCAACGCCAACUCCUGGAAACAAAGGCAAGGGCAAAGCGAAGGGAGGGCGAGGGAAACGAGGUGGACAUCAGCAGCAGCCGUCGCAACCUCACAUUGUCGAUCCGCCAUCAUCACAACCAGAAUCGAGCGCAGGUGGGAACUCAAGAGGGGGUAGAGGUCGUGGAAGGGGCCGAGGCAGGGGUGGACGGGGAAGAGGACAAGGUCGCGGCGCGCCACCAGCCCAACCCGCUCAGUGAGAGCUAUUGCCCCCGCGAUCUUUCUUUCUUUUCCUCUCUUCUGACUUCGUUGGUUAGUGGCAGCCAGCAUGUACCCUCUUCUCAGCGCGACAAACGUCCCGAGGAGACUAAGCAUGCUGCUCCCGCUGUUGAUGAUGGCGAUACUGGCGCUGUAUCUCCACACUCUGACCUUUUCUCCACUCGACGUACCUCCUUGACUCUUCUUGUCGUGGCGCUGUGCAUACCUGCCGUUCGGCGCCGUAUCGUUGAUUUUGUUCAAUUUCUUGCUUCCCAGUAACUCGACAUGUUGUUCGCAUUGUAUACUCCUUCUUGCUCCUCCCAGUUGAACAGUGUUCUGCCCACGUACUAAGUAUUUCUUUCUCGUCGCAAACUUCUUCUUGACCUCUCAUGCCAUUGGUAGACAUUACUUCGCUCAUGACUAUCGGCAUCGCUUUCGCUCGUACUCUUAUGCUAC